ACUACAUCAACGAGUACGAAGAGUAAGACGAGGUACACGAAGACUGCUCUGUGGGUGGACCUGGGCGAGCGCCGUAACCCGACUUUGAAGGAGGUGAACGCCUUCACUACCUAUGGUAAAUGCGCUGCUCCGACGUCUAACAUGACGUGCAGCCCCGUGUUCGGUAACGACGCCACCAGUAUCGCCCCGGGCGGCGUGAGCAUAUCCGGUUUUGAGGACAAGAUCUCAAUUGCAGGCUUCAACAUCUACCUGAGUCAAGGUCGUCAGAACUUGACGCUGUUUAAUCAACACCAGGAGGUCGAGUACGAUGGCAUUACGCUGCACCGAUUCCGUCCGUCUGUGGACCUACUUUCAGCUUCUGAGAAGAACGCUGACAUGGGCACGGCCGUCCCGGUGGACGGUGUGCAGUGCAUGGCGUUCACCUCUGGUUUCUUGGCUUACGUGUCGUACCCUAUGUUCCUGUACGGUAACUCGUCGCUGACAUCAAACGUGCAAAUCACUAUGACCGACGGCGUACAGGUGGGUCAGGACACUCUGUAUGACAGCGCUGGCGCGCUCACGACCGAGUACUCGGACAAGUAUGAGACCUUUGUCGAUAUUGAGGCCGGUACGGGUAAGACGAUGCGCGCCUUAAAGCGCCUUAUGGCUUCGUACGCGCUGUCACCGUCCACUAGCAACAGCUCGUUUGCCAUGAGCGACGUUCUGUACCCGACGCUUCCUACAGAAGUGGUGAUUCCCAUCUACUGGGGACAGGAGGGAUCCACCAUCACCGACUCGAAGGUGGACGACUACGAUUCGAUUGUUUCGCUGCUCGACUCCAUGCUGCCAGUGCUCAUUGCGGGUAUCGUGGCGGGCGUAAUUCUUGGCGGUGCUGGUGCCUUCGUUAUGCGUCGUCGUCGACAACAGACCAUCAAGGCGUAA